UCAAGACUUCAAAGAUCAUCCAGCAGUACAAGGCAAAAUGUCCAGUUCUGAGCCAAAGAAACUCAAGAUUAUCCUCAUUGGAAAGACUGGAGCUGGGAAGACUUCAACCAUGGAAAUAUUGAGUGCUGCUGUGAAAAAGAACCUGCCUCUGUCUCCCUGCAAGACGGAGACAGCAAAGUUUGGAGACCCAGAACUGAUUUUUGUUGAUACUCCUGGUCUGUGCCAACCUGGCACAAAUGAUGAAGAUGUGUUGGAAGAAAUUGCUAAAUCUAUCUUUCAGGCUGAUUCUGGUCCACAUGUGUUUCUGUAUGUGUACAAGUGGGAACAACGUAUUAAAAGCAAUGAUAAUGACCAGGUGAAACUCGUUAAGAAGAUCUUUGGUAAAGAGUCAGGGUGUUACUUUGUACCCUUGAUCACCUGUAAAAAUGAACAAGCAUUAGGAAGAAAUUGUGAAAAACUGAAAGAGUUUAUCAAGGAACAUUUUGGAGUUGAACCAAAGGAAUACUGUCUGACUAAAGAUGGUGACAAGGAUAGAGAAGCGGAAAAUCUACUGAACAAGAUCACAGAGGUGACUAAACAUAACAAGCAUUACCCCAAGGACAUGUUUGAAAAGACACCUGACUUACAUAAGGAAGAGCAGGAUUCAAAUGAUAAGGCACAGACAGAUGAUGGAAACCAAUCUCUGGCCUAUUUGGCUGACAGUUUCCCCAAGCUUAUGAAGGUGCCGAAAGAAGUAGUUAGCCAGGUGGAUAAUGGAAGAAAGUCCUUUGCAAAGGUUUUGGCUAAAGUUACAGCCAAGGUCCAAACUGAUCAAAAGUGAAAAGUGCCUCUCACUUUUCUGGUAAUUAAAAAAACAAACAAACUAAAGAAGCAAGUUAAAACUGAGACUUUAAUUAUGGUUUGAACUGAUGAUGUGAUCUGAAACCUUCAGACAAGUGCAGGUUUUAGAGAAAGAAAUGAAACAUUAAAAAUGACUUUCUUCUGUAAUAAAACUGCAUCUCACUCAGAAAAACUAUUAAGGGGAAAAUAUUCAACUUUCAUUGAACUAUAUUAAUGUGACAGCUUCAAUUUCUCUGCAGACAUAGAGACUGAGAUUAAACAACAAAUCCAUUACAAGGUGUUACAGAAUAAGAAUAAAAGUGCAAUUUACAUGCUUACAGCCUAAAAUUAGCCCCAUCUUUUCCAGCUGUAACAGUAUAUUCUGGAGAUUUUGAUGAAAAUAAUUUUGUACUUUACAAUGUUUUUACCCCCUUUAUUGGAUGGUGAGCAGUGAAGAAGAAAUAUGACAUGGUGGGUCUCUAUAAUCAGAGAAAUUGCAAGCCAAGUGUAACCUUUGUGGUCAACCAUUUUUGGCUUUUACUUCAUAAAAUUAUAAAUAUUAACUUUGCUUAAGUUAAAUAUCUGAAUUCUUCCUCCACCACUGCAGGUAGUGGGAAAGUGACAACAGAUGUUUUCUGGAGAAUCUGCAGCACAGACUAUAUUUUUAAAUCGAAGCUGUUAAAAUUUGAUUUGAUUUAUUUUCUGAAAUAUGUUAAAGCCUGAUGGUUUUGUGCUUUCACUCAGCAGAAUUGUUUUAAUUCAGAAAAAGAUAGAUUGUUGAAUAGUUUUUUAAAAUGUGGCCUGUUAACUCAUGUUUCUUUCUUUGUUGUGCUUUUUCAUUAUUUUUUUAUGAUGUAAUGCAAUUCAAAUGCUAAUGUAUCGAUCAGUGUGUGAAAUAAGCAGCAUCAGAAUCAGAAUCAGAAUCAGAAUCAGAAGGUUUUAUUGCCAUAUGGGUGAACAGGUUCAUAGCAUUAGGAAAUUGCUGCGGUACUUCGUGCUUACAGAAAAAAACAAAUA